CACAUUCACGUUUCGAUUUUUAUAGUAGCUUGUCAACCAACGGGUCGAGCUGAACCGGUAGCGGCACGGAAGAGGUAAACAUUGAGGCUUUUACCCCCCAUUUGGAUUGGAAUACUUCUCCUUUUCCGUGAAGUAGGGGAAAAUCAAGGGAAGAUAUCUUCUGACGGGUGAUGUGUCUGUAUUUUCGACAACAGUCUCACAAUUGAAAUCAUUUGAUCGACAUCGUCUCCGUAUGUAAUCACGUCAACAAUGCCGAAGCCCAAGCGUGAUAUGAUUCGGUUCGUCGUGCACCAGCGCGACAACGACCCCACCGAGAUCGUCGCCCAUCUCGUUAAGGACGGCGAGGACUGCGAUAAGGUGUGCGAACAGAUGAAAGAGAAUGGGUAUUCGAUGUGCGAGUCGAAUAGGAGCGCUCCCGUACGUGCGAUGACGGGGGAGGCCUUCUACAUACGUCUUGUUGGUGACAUCAAGGUCAACACUUUCACUGACAACAGCUACCGGAAAGAUCGUUUCCUCGUGCGGUAUAUACGCAACCGUCCCAACCGCAAGGAUUUCUUCAUUACCGGAGUUUACCGCGGUAGAUAUCAACCGGAGUAUGCCGGUAAGGUCCUGCUUCACCGCGUUACGCUUAACGCCGGAACGACCAAUAAGGGAAGCGGUCGCCAGUUCAUUAUGAAUAACCUCGAGAGCGUCCUUGGUAACAUAGCAUCGUCAAGCAAAUUGGUUCUUUUUAAGGACAGAGAUGUACCAGCGCCCCCUGACGUCCAAGAAACUUAUGAUGACGAUAGUCUGACGAAAGAUGUCGUUCUGCGCACCAUCUCUAAGAACAUCCCCAAGGAUUUCGUCACCCCCCUCUGCAUGCAUCUCUUCGGUCUAAGCGAAGUCGAGGUCCUCAACCUCGGCAUGCUCCCUCAUCAUCGCGACUUCGACGAACAACGGUACGGUGUCCUCGACAAGUGGAAGGGGGAGCAGGGGGACAAUGCCACUUUUCGGAAGCUCAUUGAAGCCUUCCAGGCCGUCAAGAUGAAAUCAGCAGCAGCUACACUCAAUAGGAACCUACUAACGGAAGGACGUCUUCGAAGAGUAGCCAAACAUCUGCCUGGAGACUGCCAACCCCUUGCUGAUGCUAUGAAAGUCAACUUGGAUGAGGUCAAGGAAAAAUUCUAUACCGAAAUGGCCGAGUUUAAAUUCCAGAUCAUAUGGCGAUGGCGAGAAGACACACAUAAGAAGCUUCGAGGACGAGCUAACCAUUCCUUACUUUUGAGGGCACUGCGCUACAUCAGCCUUCCACAGGUUGCCGAGGAGGUCACUGAUAUGACGUCAGUCGACGUCAGAGAUAUCGUCAUGCUACGAACAGUCACCAAAGACAUGAGCAGAGAGAAAAUCUGCGCUCUCGUCGACCGUUUCGGCCUCACUGACGACGAAAAGCGGGAGAUCACGCGGGAGUACGGCCUCGAUUUCAACAAGCGUCUCUACCUGCUCAAUGCCCUUGUCAAGUGGAAGGAGAAGGGCGGUGAUGAGGACUCGAGGGCAUCUUAUGAGAACCUGAUGGCUCACAUGGAAGAUCUAGGUUUUGAACAGAACCCAGCCAUCCUUGAUGAGGUCUUAAUUGAUGAUAAACGUCUACGGCACAUAGCAACACUCAUCCCUACCGAUAGCAUGCAAGCGUUGGCUGACGAACUGCAUGUCGAUACGGCCCCAAUGAAGAUUCCCGCGGGAAAGGAAUCUGCACUUCUUGGUUAUCGUCUGCUCUCGCGCUGGAAAGAAACCCGAGGGAAGUACGCGUCACACACAGAGCUCAUCAGCGCACUCGACAAGGCGGAGCUUGGAUCCACUGUCGACGUCAUCGAUCGCUUGGGAUCUGUAGAUAUUUCAAAAGGAGCAAUGAGUGAGUUCUGUCUACGGUAUGUCGGCUCGUGGGUUCACGUCAGUCGAGCUCACGAGUGGCCUUCGAUCGUCCAGAACAUCCCAUCCCAGCUCAUCAACGGUCUCGAUGACCGGACCGUCGCCCAGAUCAAACGCGAAUACCGCGACCCGCAGGAGCAGCUCUCCCGAGCCCUUGUCCUCUGCCGCGAUCGACGGGUAAUUUCAUCGACGGGCGCGCUCUGCAAUCGCCUCAUCGCGUGCGGGUUCGAAAGCGCCGCGCUGACUCUUCUCGAUGUGUCGAGGUCGCAGUAUUAUUGUACGACCCUAAGAUUGGACGAAGGGCCCUACGGGGGUAUAGAAGGGGUGGGGUCCGAAUAUCCAGAAGAAGAGGAAGAGGGACAUGAGGUCGAGGAAGAAGCAGAAUGAGAAUGAAGUCGCUUAGCAACCAUACAUGGAUAACAAAAAGUAUGAGGCAUUAGCCCUAUCCUUUACGAAAAGGACAUUAAAAGUCUCGUUAUAAAUGACGACGACGACGACGAUGAUAAUAGUAAUACCAAUAAUAAUAACAUUAAUAAAUGUAAUGAUAAUUAUGCUAACAAUGAUGAUGAUAAUUACAAUAAUAAUAUAAAGCAUCUAUGAGGCGCCGAUUAUGUUGUAGAACACAGUAAAAUCUGUGGUGUUAACCGGUGUACAUAGAGGACCACACCAGUUAUUUUACACCAAUGUUAAAUUGGUGGUGGUAAUUU